GCUCUUAGUGUUGGAACAAGGGUGCGAAUGGUGCGGGGCGUGUUUGUCCACGGGCGUAGUGAUGCCCAUAAGGGACAAUCGCGUAGUGUAUGUACAUCGCGUGCAGUUGUUAUAUACUACGAUAGGUGCCUCCGGCCCUCAUCUACUCACAUGCCCAAGCUUUCGGGCUCGUUCCUAACCACGCAGGUCAGUGCAUUUCAACACACUCCCUCGAGCGAAGCAAGCGAGGGCUCGCGCGCACUCCCUGCUUCUCAGCACUCGGCACUCCCUCAAUCUCAGCAUUCAUCCUCACACCCUCUCGGCAGGGUGUACGACAUACGGCAAUCUUCAUCAACUCCUCGGCAUCAACUUCUCGGCUCCAACUCCUCGGCUCCAGGUUCGAUUGGUGCUCUCAACGAGCAGUUCUUCAGUUCGGCAGUGCUCUCAGCGAGUGAUUCAGGUGCUCUCGGCGAGCGGUUCGGGUUCGGCGGUUCAACAAUGCUCUUGGUGAGCAAUUUGGCAGUUCAACGGUUCGGGGGUUCGACAUUCGAUGGCGGGGUUCGAUCGGGUCCAUGUCAGGGUUCGGCAAUCAUACGGGGUCGAUCAAGAUGGCUUCAGCCCCAUCCAGGUGAGUGGUUCAGCAGCAACGGCAGCGGGAAUGGUCUGCAGUGCAAUGGCGGCCAGCAGAGCGUCAACAGCGACGGCAUGCGCGUGGGAUCCUGCGACGCAGUGAGCGGUGGGCUUCAAGCUGCCCCCAGAGCUUUGCUUGGUAGUACACCCCCAAGCGGGCUGAUUGUAUGUACAUCGCGUGCGGUCGUUAUAUACUACGAUAGGUGCCUCCGGCCCCCAGCUACUUGCGCGCCCAAGCUUUCGAGCUCAUUCCUGACCACACGGGUCAGCGCAUUUCAA